CGGUCCCGCUCGGCGCCCGGCGGGGUCCCCGCAGCUCGGCCGCGGAGGGAGGCGAUGCCGACCCAGAGAGACAGCGGCACCAUGUCCCACACGGUCGCGGGCGGCGGCGGCGGCGACCAUUCUCACCAGGUCCGAGUGAAGGCUUACUACCGCGGAGAUAUCAUGAUAACACAUUUUGAACCUUCCAUAUCCUUUGAAGGGCUUUGCAGUGAGGUUCGAGACAUGUGUUCUUUCGACAAUGAACAGCUUUUCACCAUGAAAUGGAUAGAUGAGGAAGGAGACCCAUGUACAGUUUCAUCGCAAUUGGAAUUAGAAGAAGCCUUUAGACUUUAUGAACUAAACAAGGAUUCUGAGCUCUUGAUUCAUGUAUUCCCUUGUGUACCAGAACGUCCUGGAAUGCCUUGUCCAGGAGAAGACAAAUCCAUCUAUCGGAGAGGCGCACGCCGCUGGAGAAAGCUUUAUUGUGCAAAUGGCCAUACCUUUCAAGCCAAGAGGUUCAACAGGCGUGCUCACUGUGCCAUCUGCACAGACCGAAUAUGGGGACUUGGCCGCCAAGGAUAUAAGUGCAUCAACUGCAAACUUCUGGUUCAUAAGAAGUGCCACAAACUCGUCACAAUUGAAUGUGGACGACAUUCUUUGCCACCGGAACCGAUUAUGCCCAUGGACCAGUCCAUGCAUUCAGACCAUCCUCAGCCAGUAAUUCCAUAUAAUCCCUCAAGUCAUGAGAGUUUGGACCAAGUUGGUGAAGAAAAGGAGGCAAUGAACACUAGGGAAAGUGGCAAAGCUUCUUCCAGUUUGGGUCUUCAAGAUUUUGAUUUGCUCCGGGUAAUUGGAAGAGGAAGCUAUGCCAAAGUGCUAUUGGUUCGAUUGAAAAAGACGGAUCGUAUUUAUGCAAUGAAAGUUGUGAAAAAAGAACUUGUCAAUGAUGAUGAGGAUAUUGACUGGGUACAAACAGAGAAGCAUGUUUUUGAGCAAGCAUCAAAUCAUCCCUUUCUGGUUGGGCUGCAUUCUUGCUUUCAGACGGAAAGCAGGUUGUUCUUUGUUAUUGAGUAUGUAAAUGGAGGAGAUCUAAUGUUUCAUAUGCAGCGACAACGUAAACUUCCUGAAGAACAUGCCAGAUUUUACUCUGCAGAAAUCAGUCUAGCAUUAAAUUAUCUUCAUGAGCGAGGCAUAAUUUAUAGAGAUUUGAAACUGGACAAUGUAUUACUGGACUCUGAAGGGCACAUUAAACUCACUGACUAUGGCAUGUGUAAGGAGGGAUUACGUCCAGGAGAUACAACUAGCACCUUCUGUGGCACUCCUAAUUACAUUGCUCCUGAAAUUUUAAGAGGAGAAGAUUAUGGUUUCAGUGUCGACUGGUGGGCUCUUGGAGUAUUGAUGUUUGAGAUGAUGGCAGGAAGAUCUCCAUUUGAUAUUGUUGGGAGCUCUGAUAACCCUGAUCAAAACACAGAGGAUUAUCUCUUCCAAGUUAUUUUGGAAAAACAAAUACGUAUACCACGUUCUCUGUCUGUAAAAGCUGCAAGUGUCCUGAAGAGUUUCCUCAACAAGGAUCCAAAGGAACGAUUGGGUUGUCAUCCUCAAACAGGAUUUGCUGAUAUUCAGGGCCACCCAUUCUUCCGAAACGUAGAUUGGGAUAUGAUGGAGCAAAAGCAGGUGGUGCCUCCUUUUAAACCGAAUAUUUCUGGGGAGUUUGGUUUAGACAACUUUGAUUCUCAGUUUACCAAUGAACCUGUCCAGCUCACACCAGAUGAUGAUGACAUUGUGAGGAAAAUCGACCAGUCUGAAUUUGAAGGUUUCGAGUACAUCAAUCCGCUGUUGAUGUCUGCAGAAGAAUGUGUCUAAUUUUCAGUUCCCAACUCUGCAUUCUGCUCAUGUUGCCAUUUACUGCAUGGAUAAACUUGCUGCCAACCUGGACACAAUUCACCUUUUUAUAUUUGCCACUUACCAAGAACAAAACAAAAGAAAAAAAACAGUACCUUCUGUUGUAAGAGCCAAUUAUUACAUCU